AUGAUGAUGAUGGUGGUUGUGGAAAUGGUGAUAGUGCUGGUGAUUGUGGUUAUUGUGGUGGUGGUGAUGGUUGUGAUGAUGGUGUUGGCGAUGAUGGCGGUGAUGAUGGUGGUGAAUGUUAUGGUGAUGGCGAUGCUGUUGUUGAUGGUGUUUGUGGUGGUGGUUAUGGUUAAGGUAAUAGUUGUGACGGUGGCGGUGAUGGUUGUGACGUUAGUUGUGAUAGUGAUUACGGUGGUGGUAAUGGUGGUGGUAUUGAUUGUGGUGUUGGUGAUGUUGUUGAUGGUGGUGAUGUUGGUGGUGAUGGUGAAGGCGAUAGUUGUGGUGUCAUUAUGGUGA